UGCAACCUCCGAGUUGAGGAGCUGCCGGCGCACUCGGCGGGGAGACCAGGUGGCUGCGUGUUGGCGGCGAUGUCCUUGGAGGUGGUCAGGGCGGCCGCAGGGAUGGUGCUCGCAGAACUGUAUGUCUCCGACCGAGAGGGAAAUGAUGCUACUGGUGAUGGAACCAAGGAGAAACCCUUUAAAACAGGCCUUAAGGCUUUGAUGACAGUUGGAAAAGAACCCUUUCCUACCAUUUACGUAGAUUCACAAAAAGAAAAUGAGAGGUGGGAUGUUAUUUCUAAGUCCCAGAUGAAGAACAUUAGGAAGCUGUGGCACAGAGAGCAGAUGAAGAGUGAGUCCCGGGAGAAGAAAGAGGCCGAAGACAAUUUGCGAAGAGAGAAGAACCUGGAAGAAGCAAAGAAGAUUACCAUUAAAAAUGACCCAAGUCUUCCAGAGCCGAAAUGUGUGAAGAUUCGGGAACUAGAAGGAUAUAGAGGCCAAAGGGUAAAGGUGUUUGGCUGGGUCCACAGGCUGCGUAGACAAGGAAAGAAUUUAAUGUUUCUGGUGUUGCGGGACGGUACGGGUUUUCUGCAGUGUGUCUUGUCAGAUGAUUUGUGUCAGUGUUACAGUGGCGCUGUCUUGUCCACUGAGAGCAGUGUCGCAGUGUAUGGAGUGCUGAAUCUCACCCCGAAGGGCAAGCAGGCUCCGGGGGGCCACGAGCUGAGCUGCGACUUCUGGGAGCUGAUUGGGCUGGCCCCCGCGGGAGGCGCUGACAACUUGAUCAAUGAGGAGUCCGACGUGGACGUCCAGCUCAACAACAGGCACAUGAUGAUCCGGGGCGAGAACAUGUCCAAAAUCCUGAAGGCGCGCUCCGUGGUCACCAGGUGCUUCAGAGACCACUUCUUCGACAGGGGGUACCACGAAAUCACUCCUCCAACAUUAGUGCAGACACAGGUGGAAGGCGGUGCCACACUCUUCAAGCUCAACUAUUUCGGGGAAGAGGCGUAUCUGACACAGUCCUCUCAGCUCUACCUGGAGACCUGCAUUCCAGCUCUGGGGGACGUCUUUUGCAUCGCACAGUCAUACAGGGCAGAACAGUCCAGAACACGAAGGCACCUGGCUGAAUACACUCAUGUGGAAGCCGAGUGUCCUUUCCUGACCUUCGAGGAACUCCUGAACCGCCUGGAGGACUUGGUGUGUGAUGUGGUUGAUAGAGUCCUAAAAUCACCCGCAGGAAGCAUAGUGCGCGACCUCAACCCGAAUUUUAAGCCCCCUAAGCGGCCUUUCAAACGGAUGAACUAUUCAGAUGCUAUUGUGUGGCUGAAAGAACACAACGUAAAGAAAGAAGAUGGAACUUUCUAUGAAUUUGGAGAGGACAUCCCGGAAGCUCCAGAGAGACUGAUGACGGACACCAUCAACGAGCCCAUCUUGCUGUGUCGCUUUCCCGUGGAGAUCAAGUCUUUCUACAUGCAGCGCUGUCCCGAGGACCCCCGCCUCACCGAAUCUGUCGACGUGUUGAUGCCCAAUGUUGGUGAGAUCGUGGGCGGCUCCAUGCGUAUCUGGGAUAAUGAAGAGAUCCUGGCAGGUUACAAAAGAGAAGGGAUCGACCCCACUCCCUAUUACUGGUACACGGAUCAGAGAAAAUAUGGCACGUGUCCACAUGGCGGCUAUGGCCUGGGCUUGGAACGAUUCUUAACCUGGAUUCUGGACAGAUACCACAUCCGAGACGUGUGCUUGUACCCUCGGUUUGUGCAGCGCUGCAAGCCGUGACCGGUCGCCCCCGCCCCCAGAGCGUCAAGGAAAGAACACGGUCCAUGGAAGGAACAGACUGCCUCUUAAAAAAUCCUCCCCCCGCUUUUUUUUUUUAAUUCCACUGGGGUAUGUCCAUUUCUGUUUUCUCUUUUUUAUUCCUUCUACCACAGAAAGCAGUUCAAAACAUUUUUAAUAUCAAGUAACAUUGAUGUUAUCAUUUUAAGGAAAAAAUACCCAUUGAAAAGUUUGGAAGAAACUGUGGCAUGUAGCUCUGCAGUUAGGAGUAUGUCUCAGCGCUUUAUCCCCCUUUAGGUUACAAUCUUUAUGUCGCAUGUACCACAUAUAUCAUUAAAUAAUUUUAAAUUAUGAUCUGAGACAUUCCAGUGAUUUAAUCUCUCUGUUCUUUUAAGUGUAACUGGAAUUGUUUUUAUUUAUAUCACUUUAUCGUAUUAAUGAGUUCAACACCUUGGGGAAAAAUUGACAAUGUGCUGUAAAAAUCUACUAGUAUUAGAACAGAGCAUAAAUCAGCAGAUAAAGGAAUGAUAUGACUACAGUCUUUUGCAUCCAUUGUUAAUCUUUCCUAAAUCUCAUAGCUGCUUAUAACUCUAAAGCAUACAAAUUGGUGUGGAGGAAUUUGUAAAAAUGGAAUUGCCUUAAACAGUUCGAAGUGACAGCAGGUUUUUUGGCACAUCAGUGAACAGCUUGCUUUCUCACAUUAGUUUAAACUAAAGAGGCAAGGUGAUCUCUCUCUCCACUGGUAGUUCCACAGUAAUUCAGAACAGAGAAGUUCCCAAAGCGUUUGCAGCUGGCAUCUUAAGGACAGCCCUCCGUGGUUGUUGGCGUCACCUCACAUACUGUGUCUUUAUAUCUAAUCUCUCCUACCUUAUUAACUCUCAGGCUUACUGAAUGGCUUCCUUUCAGGUUUGGUUAAUUUCUCCCCUCAAAUGCAUGUCAGUGUAUUCUCAAUAAGCUCUGUUCCCAGCAAUCAAUAAAUGGACACACGUAA